UCCAUUUGGGAGGGCGAGUCUCAGUUUUCUUAGGCUCAGUGGUAGCUCCCCGCUGCGCUGAGAGAUUUGAUGACACCCCUCUAUCCCCCCCCCUCAGAAAAUACAGAGCCGUUGCCAAGAUCUGAGAUGGCCAGCAGAUCAUCCCAACCCUGGAGAGUAUAAAUAUCACGGAGGGAGUUCAUGGGAACAGCAUUCAUCGCUGCCAGCUGCUCUGAGACCUUAGCAUUCAUUGCACCUCGUUUUACUUCCCCCGCUCCCGGUUUAGAGAGAAUUCGCACCCGCAGGUUUGGGAGGAGUUUUCACUUCCAGCGGACUUGCAGACUUUGAGAGUGUUCCCUGGAGUGACUGUUUGUUUCCUACCUGAAUUCCAGACCAGUCCAGCGCAAUAGAGAAAAUCAGAGUGCUUCUACCUCGUUCAUCUCGACGUCCAUUGACCGCAGAGUAGACCAUGAGUCCUACCCUGUCUUGGUUCCUCCUUGGAUAUCUCCUGGUUUUGGUGCAGGAAGCCCGAUGCUUUUACUUGCCCAAUGGUACUUUCUUUGAGAACAUUUGGAAGAGCUAUCACUCCCGAGCCAAGAGAGCGAUUCCAAGGUCAGACAAAGAAGAGAUUUUGAUGCUUCAUAACAAGCUGAGAGGUGAAGUCUAUCCUUCAGCUGCCAAUAUGGAAUAUAUGACCUGGGAUGAUGAGCUGGAAAGAUCAGCAGAGGCUUGGGCCCAGGAGUGCAUCUGGGAUCACGGACCCACCAGCCUCAUUAUGUCCAUUGGCCAGAAUUUGGCGGUUCAUUGGGGCAGGUACCGUUCUCCAGCCUUCCAUGUGCAGUCUUGGUAUGACGAAGUUAAAGAUUAUACUUAUCCCUAUCCCCACGAAUGUGAUCCUUGGUGUCCUGAAAGAUGCUCUGGAGCAAUGUGCACUCACUAUACCCAGAUCGUUUGGGCCACGACAAACAAGGUUGGCUGCGCUGUAAACAUCUGCAAACAGAUGAAUGUUUGGGGGGAGAUCUGGGAGAAUGCCGUCUAUCUGGUCUGCAACUAUUCUCCUAAGGGGAACUGGAUUGGAGAAGCGCCCUAUAAAAAUGGCAGACCCUGUUCUGAGUGCCCACCUAGCUACGGAGGGAACUGUAAGAACAACCUCUGUUACAAAGAUGACCACUACGUACAAAAGCCUGAGCAGGAUGAGACUAACGAAGUGGAGGUCCCACAAAUUACAGAGGAAAAACACAUGUGGGUGCAAGAACGGGUGACCAAACCCACUAAACCAACUAAGACCAAGAAAAUCACCAAGACAUCAGACAAUUUCAUGACACAGGUCAUUAAGUGCGAUGCCAAAAUGAGGGACAAAUGCAAAGGAUCAACAUGCAACAGGUAUCUGUGCCCAGCUGGCUGCGUGAACAGCAAGGCAAAAAUAUUUGGAACGUUCUAUUAUGAGACGUCAUCCAGUAUAUGUCGUGCUGCAAUUCAUUAUGGCAUCUUAGAUGAUAAAGGAGGUUUGGUUGACAUUACCCGGAAAGGGAGGUCGCCCCAUUUUGUCAAGUCUACAAGAAAUGGCAUUGAAUCUUUAAGUAAAUAUAAACCUUCCAAUUCAUUCAUGGUUUCCAAAGUGACAGUGCAGACGCUGGAUUGUUACACCACCGUCGCCGAACUGUGUCCAUUCAAAAAGCCAGCAACUCAUUGUCCGAGGGUUUACUGCCCAGCCCACUGUAAAGCUGAGCCAGCAUACUGGGCGCCAGUCUUUGGCUCUAAAGUUUAUGCAGAUAGUUCCAGUAUUUGCAAAACAGCCGUGCAUGCUGGAGUCAUUAAAGACGAGGCUGGGGGUUAUGUGGAUGUAAUGCCUGUGGACAAAAAGAAAAACUACUUUGGCUCUCUGAGAAAUGGUGUCCAAUCUGAGAGCUUGAAGAGUCCCCGUGAAGGGAUGGCUUUCCGAAUUUUUUCUGUGAAGCAGUAAAGACCCUGGGAACGUGCAAGUUUCUUCUGGAGAACAAUCCACUGAUCUUGAGAGACAGCAACCUUCCUCUGAUGGCGUCUGCUCUGAACACACACCCCUUGCCAAUUUCUUUCAGGGAAGACCGAAGAAAUCUCAACAGCUUCUGACUUCAGUGUCUGCAUCACAUCUGCUCCAGUUCAGUAUUUUGCUUUGUGUGUUUUUGUUUUAAAUCCAGGGCAUUCAGAGUGUUGCAGCUUCCAGUUCCAAAAGAGGUGUGCUAACUAGCUUGAGUGUGGAUUAAUUUACAGCUGAUAUUGGGACCCUUCCCCUUGCUGGUCCACAGAUACCGCUGUAGCUUUUGAAGUACCUACCGCGAUGGAAAUAACAGCACACGUUGGCAAGCAGAAUAUCUAGUGAAAUAUUGUUUGGAUGGCGGGCCUUUUAAAAAUUAGUUUUAAAGCUGCUCCUUUUGUGGGGUGGGGCAUAUGUUUUUGUUUGGAACGAGGUGUUGUGUUGGUGUUUUGUUUUUUGUUUUGGAGGGGGUGUCUAUUUAAGAGCAAAACCUGAGUGUUUCCCCAUCAGCUCGCAUGUGCAUAGGAAACGUUGGGUUAGGUUCGUGAUAUAUUGCGUUAGGUCAAGUGGUGUCAUGAUGUAACCUGUGGCUUCCUAAAGGACUCUUGGAGAUGAUGUUGUCUCGAAAAUGUGGUGGCAGUAUGAAAAGGUGGUGAAGAUCCCCACCCCAGAGAAACAACAACCCAAGCCAAUCAAAAAUGCUGCGCUGGUGUUUGCUGGCCAAACAUUCGUGGAUAGUUAGGAAGUUGGAUUACCUCUGAGAAGUGGAGGAGUUAGAGCUCCUGUCCUGGCACAUCUCUGUAUUAUGCUACACACCAUUUAUUUUUAAUUUACAGUUAAAUGCAAUUUAUUGUUCUAUACAGCAGUGCUGGUUUUAUGGAUAGUAGUUAAGCAGUAAUAAGAAGUUAAUCUUAUUUUUGUUAGAAAUGGAUGCAUCUAUAUAAACUGUGUUCACUUUAUCUUUAUGAAGUUUUUUUGUACAGUUCUGAGGUUUAAAUUUAUGGAAUGGGGCUGGAUUGUUUGCUUGCAUACAAUCGAUACCAUAUAGCCGUCUUAGCUUCCAACAUGAUCAUUGUUGUGAGCAUCUGAAAUCCAAAGUGUUGGGUUACUAAAUAUAAAUUUAUUAGAAGUUUUAAAAAUUUCAGUCAUUCUGCUCCUAAGAGCUAUUUAAAUACAUUGCUUAGAAGAGUUUGAAAGGAAUUAAAAGUAGCUAUAAAAUCAGCCUAAUAUGGAUUGUCUUGUAAGACAAUCUAGCAAUCGUGGAAUUCAUGGCUGAAGCUAAUUUGUUCCUAACUUUUAGAGGUUAGUAACAUUGAUCUAAGCCUAAACCUAUUUUUCCCUUAAUGGUCAGAUAUAAAAUAACCCACAUGAACACAGAGAAGGCCACACAACCUUUAGCUCGUUGGCUGAUGUAAAAAGAUAUCCCUUCACUCAGUAACUCGAUUGUAGUAUGUAACAUGUGGGAUAUAUUUCACUUACUGUUACAAUUAUGUCAUCACUCUAUUUGGCAGAUGUUUCAUGGCUUUCCAUAGCCUUCCAAUGUUCAGGCUAUAUUUAAAUUAUACUAGAGGGGCCGGAAACCUAGCUAUAAACCUAUUCCAAAAUGUUAGACCAAUAGCAUGAUAUGGAUAAGCACUCAUUUUAUUUAAUUUUUAAACCCCAUGAAAUCCGCAAGGAAAUUACAUUUGUCAGGCCAUUUGUUUCAUAAGUAAGGUUUCCUUUCCUUGUGAAAUCUGAGGUUAGAAAGAGACCUUUCAUAACUGAGCAGGGUUUGCACAUUUUCAAGAAGUGACACACAGCAAGCCUACUUUUGGAAUGGCUCUGGUAAAUUAACGUAACACCUAUUCUGUAUUUAUUUAGUGUGGUCUCUUAAGGUAUGUUGUGCUUGCUUUACAGCAAGGAAAACCGGUUACAUGUUCAAGGUAAAUGUAUGUGAAAAACAUCUUUAGAAAGUGCCCGUUGGGAGAAACUGAAAACUUGACAAUGAGAUAAGUCAGGUUCCUUGUUUUGCCCAUUAUGAAUAACUAGCACAUUUGCUCGGGUCCUUAACUCAGUUAAUUCUCCUUUAGAAAAUAAAAGGAAAAUUUGUACCAGGGCUCCUUGUUCUUCCCCUUCCUCUCCCUGUCAGGGAUCGAGAGCAAAGCACACACCUCAUCUGCCACCUGCGCUCUCUAGCCAGAGUGAGGAAUGCAGCAAACUGUGCACUUUCCUCUCGCCCCCUGACAGUGGUGAAGGGGAACAGUCAGCAACAUCCCUAUAUGAAUUGGGGAAGUGGGGGAGGAGCUUCAACCCCCUCCUCCCUAAAGUCAUCUGGGAGGGGGAGGGGUGGCUCAGAGCUGUGAAAGUCCCAGAUGGGUGAGGGAAUUGCCCCCAGCCAGCCUCUUUCACCUCCUAGGUGAUUCUGUCUCAUUUCAGUAUGGGUUUAUAAGAAACAAUCCCAUUCUAGGCACAUCCCAUUUUCCUGACACCACUAAACUCUUAUGUUGCUUUAAGUUACGAUAAGAGGAAGCUGCAUACCAAAUUUGGUGAUCCUAGCUCUUAUUGUUUAGGAGGAGUUCUUGAACAAACAAACAGAUUCUCUUAAAACAUAUAGUAGAUAAGAUUGGAAACAGGCUUGUCUAAUCUCACCACAUUUUUGUAGCAUGAAUCUGUGGCCUCUGUAAGCCAAAUAGAAGUUACAUCUUCAGUAGCUGAGGACUGAAUUAGAAAGCAUAAUAAGGAUCAAUUAAGCCUUUCCACGGACUUCAUGGGAGUUGGAUUGGGCUCAUGUUUAGUUCUAUUGUAUAUCCCAGUCAAAGGAGAACACAAUUGUUCCAUUACCCUGUCUUUGAGAAUCAGUCAUCUUGUAGAAGGAUGGGAAAAAAUUUGGACUGGAACAACAGGAAAAUCUGAGAAUCAUCAAGAACAAUAUACACAAAUUCAGUUGACCUAGAAUGUAUCUUUCUUAAAAAAAAGAGGGGAGAGAAGGAAUUAAUACCGUAACAUAAAAAGUGAAAUUGUGAAUAUAAAAUAAACGAUAUAAUCAUUCUGUUGCUUCAACCAAACAAUUUGGAUUUUCAGAAACUGGUAUUUAGUGUAUGUCGGUGUCUCUGUUUAAUUGUAUAGAUUCUGUAUAACAGAACAAUCAGGACUUUGAUCAAUCAUUCUUUGAAGUUCUGGGUGCUAUUAGUUUAAAUGAUAUCUCUACCAUAUUUAGGAAGGGUCACAUCCUACAAGGCAUUAUGCCUUUUUUUAGUUGUGUUCAAUUGUAUAUAUCAGCUGCCCAUAUGUAGGUGGAACAGGCUGUUUUUAGCCAAAUAUAUGCUGAUAUUACCUGUGUCUUACCCAAGCAUUUCUCAGUCUAAUAUGUUUCAAUAGAGCUUUCAGCUGCAGAGUGUCUUUGUCUUUAUAUUACCAAAUUCCCUGAUUUAGGUGUUGAUUCAACAAGGUGCUGAAGAAUGUGCCUGUCUGUAAGCCUGGGAGGAUCCUCACUGAAGCCAAGGGAUAGGAUUUUUAAGAUAAGGUACAGGUUGAAACUCUCUUAACUGGGAUUCUCUGCUCUGGCAACAUCCAUGGUCCAGCAUGGAUGUUGCAGGAUCAAAGAGUCCUGGUGGAAGGCCAGCAGUAAGGAUCCCUAUGGGACUGGCACAUAGAAGCGGGGCUGCCUAGUGGAGUUGGGAGUCCUGGUGCGCAAUGCUGCCUGAAGCCCUAAGGUGGAGCCACGGCAGCAAUGGCUGCCCAGUAGGUUGGCAGGGCAGCAGGGCCAGCAGGAGAGGGCAACCAGCUGGGAGGUCAGCGGCCAGUCCAGGGGGGGCCAGUGGCAGGGGUCCAAAAAUGACCUCGUCUGGUCAGGCAAAAUCCUUCAUCUGGGACCAGUCAGGUCCCAUGGGUGCCAGAUCUGGGAGGUCCCACCUGUCUUUAAGUGCCUAACUACCACUGAGAUUCAACAGGCAUUAGGUGCCUAAAUGCCUUGGAAAAUUGAAGCCAAAGGGAGCCGGUGGUUAAGUAUCUUGUUAAUGGAAGUCUUUUAGGUUUUUAUGGCUGGCUUAUAAGUUUCAUCCCAACACCAAUAAAUAAGUAACGCAAUGGUCACUGAAAAGAAUCUCAUUUUAUGUGCUGGAUUCCUAAGGACAUCAUUGGUUUCUAGGAUCAGAGGGGCUGAAGAGCCUCUCCGCAGAAACCAGGGUCCCAACAGAAUUGUGUGUGCCAGCAUUUGUCUCUGUGCUCCCAGAAGGGGUGGGGCCUUGAGCAGAAGGGGUGGGGCUGGAUAUAGGCUCCUCCCAUCAGCCUUUCAGCACCACCGGGAGUGCACCACCCAGGGCUCUAAUUACCGCCACUGCCACAGUUAAGGGGUCAAGGGCAUUUCAGUGUUUCAGAGUCUCCAGCGGGUCAGAUUUGGUUGGUCCUCAUUUCCGCUU